GACUUGUAUCGUAUCAUCUAGGAAUGACUGUCUUCUAUUUGGUCUGCUGCGGACUACGUAUUGUUAACGUUGGUACCAUACUAUUAGCUCAGCUCUCAGGCCGAGCCAGGAACUGCCACGUCAACUGUUCUACAACUGCGGAAGCGCCAUGUACCCACGGUCAACCUGCGACUAUAAGAACCUGCCCUUUGACGAUUCACUUCUCUUCCCAUACAAUCACGAACACAACAUAAACAUUAUUAACAGUCAUCAUGAGUAACCCUUCACGAGGCAGAGGCGGUAAUCGGGGCGGCUUCCCUGGUGGCCCUCGAGGUGGUGCUGGUGGGUUCAGUGGAGGAAGAGGCUCAGGUACGAGGGGCGGAUAUGGCGGUGGUUCCAGAGGGGGAGUACCAGGAGAUUUGAUCUUCCGGGGCCCUGCGUCUGUAGACCAACGUCUCGCUACCUUGGAUGACCUAGUCUCUUCCUUCAAUAAACUCAACUUCAACCCUGAGCGCCCUCAUCGGCCUGGUUUUGGUACCCUUGGCCGUCAAAUCACAUUGCGUGCCAAUUUCUUUCCUGUUAAACUCCCUAAAGGACCCAUCUACGACUACCGUGUCGAGAUUACGCCGUCCACAGACAUUAAGCGCAUUCGUGCACGCCUUUUCGAACUCCUAAAGCAAAGCGAUCAAGACGGCUGGAAACAGUUUGUGCCGUUCAUCGCUCACGACAGCAGUCAGAAGCUUGUAUCGAACAAGAGGUUGCCUCAGCCCCUUGAUGUGCAAGUUCAAUAUUACGAGGAAGGAGAAGCUGGUCCCAAUGCUGGAUCCAAGACGUAUACUUUCGCAAUAAUCCACACGGGCGACUUGGAUGUCGCACAGCUCACUAAGUAUCUCAGUGGCGAUAUCAAGUCACGGGACUAUGACGUCCAGCCACUGGUAACUGCUAUGAAUCUCGUACUUCAAACGCAUGCAGCGCGUACCGGUGUUCGUGUGGGCAAGAAUCGCUACUUCUUCCCCUCGCAAGAGCAGCCUGAGCCUCUUGCGCUUGGCAUAGAGGCCGUGAGAGGCUUCUUCACGUCCGCCAGACCUGCAUAUAACGAACUCAUGGUGAAUGUUGGUGUCUGUAUGACCGCCUUCUACACGCCAGGCAAUCUUGCAGAAGCCAUCAUGGCGUUUCUACGGUCGUCCGAUGGCGCCGUGCCGCAGCGGUUCAUCCAGAAACUAAAGGUGACCACUAGACACCUAGGGUACACGCAGAAGAAACCGAUCAAGAAGAUCAUGCCAAUGAGUGCCAGACGGACUUUUUUCCACUGCAAAGAAUACAACGGCAAGAUAUCUGUUGAAGAGUAUUUCAAGAGAAAGUACCCCCACAUCACGUUGAGGCACGCAGACGACCUUCCAGUGGUCGACAUCUCAGGUCCGAAUUCGAAAUUCUCCAUAUACGUACCAGCCGAGCUAUGCGAAAUCGAGCCCGGGCAACCAUUCAGAGGGCGUCUCAAUGAUAAAGAAACUUCGAACAUGAUUCGCGUCGCCUGCAAGCCGCCAAAAAUCAAUGCAGAUACCAUCAUCGAACGCGGUCUCCCCACUCUUGGGUUUACUCCCGAGACGCUGGGAAGUCCUCUGAGUAGCUUCGGCAUUACGGUGGACAACGACAUGGCGGUCAUUCCUGGACGUGAGCUUCCACCACCUCGCCUCACUUACGAAGCAGGAGGGAGACCACUUAACGUCAGCAAUGGCAGUUGGAAUAUUCUUGAUGUCAAGUUUCAUAACGGCGGGGCCAUCAAGAGUUGGUGGGUUUUUGUCGUCAGAGAGAAAGACGGACGAAGUGUGUUCAGCGGGGCCGACGACCCGAUUCUAACCAAUCUUUGGAAGGGCUUUGGUGAGAAAUGCCGCAAUAGCGGAAUCUCACUGCAAACACAACCCGUCAAGCUUGCCCAAGCGCUCGUCCCUCGCGCCGAAGACCCUAGCAGGCAGCAAGCGCUAGACUCGAUUCGUCAAAAGAUCAAGGAGAACAUUACGCAGAAAGGAAAACCAUCAUUCAUACUCGUCCUCCUCUCUCGCCGGGACAACUUCAUUUAUCCGGGCAUCAAACGGAUUUGCGACGUCGAGCUGGGCGUCCACACCAUACAUAUGCUUACGGAUAAGGUGGUGAACACGAAACUCGGAGGUAUCAAUCACGUGUUGGAUCCAGACAGCAUGAAAUGGUUGACGAAGGCCAAGACGAUGAUUGUGGGCAUGGACGUUACGCACCCCGGCCCUGGCAGUGUCGAAGGCACACCAUCAAUUGCCGCUGUUGUUGCGAGCGUUGAUAAUUCGUUCGUCCAUUUUCCAGCGAGUCUCAGAUGUCAGGAGACCAAGAAAGAGAUGAUCACGGAUCUGAGUGAUAUGAUGAUAGAACGGCUCAGGUUUUAUGCGGAGAAGAACCAAGCGCUACCAGAUCGAAUCUUUGUUUACAGGGACGGUGUGUCCGAAGGUCAAUUCAAUACUGUGUUGGAGGAAGAGCUUCCUAAGAUCUUGGACGCAUUUAAGAGAGUCCCGCAGAGGAAGCCGUAUCGUCCAUCGUUAACGAUUAUCAUCUGUGGAAAGCGACACCAUGCCAAGUUUUGGCCGACCGACUCUCAGUUCGCGGACCGAAACGGUAACACUCGUCCUGGAACCGUCGUUGAUAGAGGUAUCACUUCAGUGUUUGAUUUCGAUUUUUACCUUCAACCUCAUGUUGGCUUGCAAGGCCAUGUGAAGGCGACACACUACACUGUGGUGUAUGACGAGAAUCGCCUCGGCGCAGAUGAACUGCAGCAGGGCACGCACACUGCGAGUUACCUGUACGCCCGUGCUACUAAGGCAGUCAGUCUCGUCCCGGCUGCGUACUACGCCGAUUUGGCAUGCGAGAGAGGGAGAUGUUACCUAAAUGACUUCUUGAGUGCCGAUGACAAGGCGUCAACCUCUGUCGUAUCAGGGAAAGGAAAGGGGAGGGGAAAGGUAGACAAGGAGGAAGAGAAGUUACGGGUGUUCAAAGAGGCAAAGAAAGCAUGGGGAGAGGGCGUGCACCCUGACUUGCGUGCGAGUAUGUUUUAUAUCUGACAACUGAUGGGCGGGCUGCUGCGACUUGUACUAGUAUUGUGUUUGUGUUUGACCUUCUUUUUUGUUUGUCCUGUGAUCCUACUACAGAGUUACACCGCGGCGGUCCUGACUUGCUGCAAUCCAAUUCGUUUUUCUUACCUAUCUUCUUGCACCUAGCCCUCAACUUCGGCAGAACUCCGUCAUCGCGCAAGACGGUAGUCUUCUGUUUGCAGGUCUACCAGACCAGGAGAGUCUUCGCAACAAAGUCUUUGUCAUAUAGGUUCAGGAUUCGAUUCA